GAAGAAGAAGAAGAAGACACAGCUAGUAAACUAGCUUAGCUGCCGUUAUCAUUUCUUUCUGAAAUGGCAGCUGUACUGCCCAUCCGACCCCCCUGUGACAGCAACCCCGCCACUCCUGGAGCUCAAUCUAUAAAGGAAGAUGUAAUAGAUGAGGUUUCCAAUGAUGGCAGCCAGCCCCCCAAAAGAAGGAGAAUGGGUUCAGGAGAUAGCUCCAGAAGUUGUGACACCUUCAAUCAAGAGCUUGGGGCGACAUAUUUUCCUGCAGAAAACCUGACAGAAUAUAAGUGGCCACCUGAUGAUACAGGAGAGUAUUAUAUGCUGCAGGAGCAGGUCAGCGAGUAUCUGGGAGUGACCUCAUUCAAGAGGAAGUAUCCUGAUAUGGAGAGGCGAGACUUGUCCCACAAAGAGAAGCUCUAUCUCCGCGAGCAAAACGUCAUCACAGAGACACAAUGCACUCUGGGUCUAACAGCACUGAGAAGUGAUGAAGUCAUAGAUCUGAUGAUUAAGGAGUAUCCUGCCAAACAUGCUGAGUAUUCUGUCAUUCUGCAAGAGAGGGAGCGCCAGAGAAUAGCAAAAGAGUACUCGCAAAUGCAGCAGCAGAACCCUCAGAAGGUUGAGGCCAGCAAGGUCCCUGAGUACAUAAAGGAAGCAGCAAAAAAAGCUGCAGAGUUCAACAGCAACUUCAAUAGAGAGCGGAUGGAAGAGAGGAGGGCUUACUUUGACCUGCAGACACAUGUCAUCCAGGUGCCGCAGGGCAGAUUCAAGGUGCUAGCACCAGAGCUGACCAAAACUGGGCCUUACCCAGUAGCUCUCAUACCAGGACAGUUCCAAGAUUACUAUAAAAGGUACUCACCCAACGAGCUGCGCUAUUUACCGUUAAACACGGCCCUUUUUGAACCUCCGUUGGAUCCGGAGCUCCCUGGCCUAGAUUCAGAGCCUGAUUCAGAUGAUGCAGAGGAUGGCAAGGACAACAAAAAGAACAAGAACUUAUCCGACAGCUCUUCAGGGAACGCAUCAGACAUAGAGAGCCAGGAGGGCGGAGGAGGUCAUCGCUAUAAGUCCAAAGGCAAAAACAGGACAUCAACGCCGGGCAAAGACCAGCGCCACUCCCACAAAACCCCUUCAGGGUACAAGCCUAAGGUCAUUCCAAAUGCUAUGUGUGGCAUUUGCCAGAAGGGUAAAGAGGCCAACAAGAGAGGCAAGCCAGAGGCUCUCAUUCACUGCUCCCAGUGUGAUAACAGCGGCCAUCCAUCCUGCUUGGACAUGAGCGAGGAGCUGGUGUGUGUAAUCCAGACGUACCGCUGGCAGUGCAUGGAGUGUAAGACCUGCACCGUGUGCCGCCAGCCGCAUCACGAGGAUGAGAUGAUGUUCUGUGACAAGUGUGACAGAGGUUACCACACGUUCUGUGUAGGCAUGGAUGAAAUACCUACAGGUCUUUGGGUCUGUGAAGUUUGUGACAAAGACUUCACAACGCCCAAAAAGAAAGGAGUAAAAACCCAGAGGAGGCCCAAGUCGGCUCAAAAAUGACCAACAUAGCAACUGAUUUCAGUUUAUUAGAAAUGGAUUGCUGUUGAUUCUGCAAAAAAUGUUUUUUUUUUUUUUUUUUUUAUAAAUCUUUGUUUGAACAUUGCAUUUUUUUAAAUGCUGUUUUCAGUUAAGAAAAGCUAAAACAAGAAAAAAAAAAUCAGUCAACCGAACACCAGCAUUUGAAAUACACUGAAAGAAAAUAUAAAUGCAAAACUUUAAACGUUGAACCCAAAUAUCUUAACUUUUCCGGUGUACACAAAGGGUUCUGUUUAAUCUUCCUAAAUCUCAGUUAGUUCGCACUUCUCAUACAAGCAGAGAAUCAAUGCAUCUUUCAGAUGUAGCAUAUCAGGAUACUUAUAGGAGCAUAGUUGUUGUCAGAUGUGACUAAGACUGGACAGUAAAAUGCCACAAUGUGCAGCUCCCUCACACAGCAAAAUAUCAUAGAUGUGGUAGGUUUUAGUGGAUUGACUUGCAGGAAUGUCAAUCAGAGAUUUGCCCCUGAAUUGAAUCUUUACUUUCCCACCAAAUGCUAUCUCAAAGGUAUUUUACAACACUUUAUACCUGCUUGUCAACUACAGCGCACAUGUAGUACCAGCACCUGCCCUGGAACCUUCAUAUCUAGCAUUUUUACCUCCAGAAUCAUCUA